AUCAAUGAGUUGAGCCAUGUUCAGAUCCCUAUCAUGCUGAUGCCUGAUGACUUCAAGGCCUAUUCCAAGAUCAAGGUGGACAAUCACCUCUUCAACAAGUAAGUGUACACACACACACUAAUUUAAUUGCUCUGAUGUUAAAUGUCUACUACCACAAUAACAGCUUGUACUCAGUGUUGUGACUCUAUGUUUUGGUGUGUGUGUAGGGAGAACAUGCCGAGCCAUUUCAAGUUUAAGGAGUACUGUCCUCUGGUGUUCCGCAACCUUAGAGAACGGUUUGGCAUCGACGACCAGGAUUUCCAGGUACACACAUGCAGAAGCAGACUGAACAGCUCUCUUCUCCUCUCGCCCCCUCUCUCUCUCUGUUCUCUUCCUAAUCUUGCAAGAUUUAUUUCAUGGUUAUCGCCAAGUUUCUCUUUCUCUCUCUGUCUGUCUCUCUCUCUCUCUCUGUCUGUCUGUCUGUGUCUGUGUCUGUGUCUGUGUCUGUGUGUGUUCCCAGGGUAGAGUGUGUGCUCUGUGUUGGCAUUAGGGAGGUCAAUGUUUUCUGGUCCUCUGAAGCUGUCUCUCAUGUUUAUAUUACGGUGGAGGGAGAAGGAGUGGGCUGAGGGUAGGAACAAGCACACAUGGAGGGGGUUACAGAGAGGACUGGGGUAGGUUACUCUGGAGGGCAUCAGCUGUGUGCUGGGGGGCACGAGGUGGUAGGAGGGUGGCACACACCCAGGGGAAGGAGGGGUGUCUGUCCACACACAGUGGCUGGGCUGUUGGAGGGUGUGGGAGAGGGAUAACAGGGCCUUAGAGGCCUGCCUGACUACAGCUGUCUCUGACAAUCACACACAAUCCCACUCUCUCUCUUUCUCUGUCUAUCUCUCUCUCCACAAUUUCUCCCUUUCUCGUUCACAUUCUCUCUAUAGAUUCAAAAGAAGUUUCAGAUUUUUAUAGACAUUUGUGAUUCACUGUUCUCUCUCUGUGUAGAACUCCCUGACCCGUGCGGCUCCGUUGAACAGUGAUUCUCAGGGUCGGAGCGGCGCUCGCUUCCACACCUCCAAUGACAAACGCUAUGUCAUCAAAACCAUCACCAGUGAGGAUGUGGCCGAGAUGCACAACAUCCUCAAGAAGUACCACCAGGUACACACACACACCUCAAGAAGUACCACCAGGUACACACACACCUCAAGAAGUACCACCAGGUACACACACACCUCAAGAAGUACCACCAGGUACACACACACCUCAAGAAGUACCACCAGGUACACACACACCUCAAGAAGUACCACCAGGUACACACACACCUCAAGAAGUACCCAGUACACCACCCAAGAGUACACACACACACCUCAAGAAGUACCACCAGGUACACACACACCUCAAGAAGUACCACCAGGUACACACACACCUCAAGAAGUACCACCAGGUACACACACACCUCAAGAAGUACCACCAGGUACACACACACCUCAAGAAGUACCACCAGGUACACACACACCUCAAGAAGUACCACCAGGUACACACACACACCUCAAGAAGUACCACCAGGUACACACACACCUCAAGAAGUACCACCAGGUGCACACACACCUCAAGAAGUACCACCAGGUACACACACACCUCAAGAAGUACCACCAGGUACACACACACCUCAAGAAGUACCAAAGUGAGUCUUAAUCCAACUCUCCUCUAAUUCUUCUAUUUCUCUAGUUCAUAGUGGAGUGUCAUGGCAACACGCUGCUGCCUCAGUUCCUGGGGAUGUACCGCCUCACGGUGGACGGAGACGAGACCUACAUGAUCGUCACCAGGAACGUCUUCUCCCACCGCCUCUCCGUCUACAAAAAAUAUGACCUCAAGGUAGGUGGGGAGGAAGGUAGGUGGGGAGGAAGGUAGGUGGGGAGGGAGGGAGGGAGGGAGGGGGGGAGGGGGGAGAGAUAGUUGUAGACUUUUAUAAGGAAAAAGGAAUGUCUGACAUCUUUCUGUCUGUCAGGGCUCCACUGUGGCCAGGGAGGCCAGCGACAAGGAGAAGGUACAGUAAUUUACACACACACACACAAAGUACAGACACACAAAACAACCAGACCUAUACAUGGUGUGUUUUAAUGUAUUGAUAUAGACACUGAUUAUGGAGUUUGAUUCUGAUUCCUGGCCACUUCCUGUCCUAUAAAAGCCAUGUGGAGGAACCGAGGGUGCGAGGGAGGGAGGGAGCUGUGUGUUAACACCUGGUCCUUUAAACCAACAUAGCUUCUGUCCAUUACCUACCUGCCCUUCCUUCUGUCAUCAUCAACUACAUGGCUCAACUUCUACUGAGCUGGUUUGCUUUGGUUUUUGGGGUGGGGGUGGGGGUGGGGGGGUAGUUCAAGCCAUCCAUCCUCUUCUGUUAAGACCCCUGCCCAUUAUACUCCCCAUACUCUUGCACGCUCUCUGUGUCUUCAGUUUGCUCCAUCAGUUUACUACUGCUACAGCAGUUCCAGUGCUUCCCCUGCUUGCUGUCUGUGUGUGAGAGACUGAGGUGUGUGUGUGUGUGCGUGCCAAAUGCUUUGUUCUUUGUCUUCUAGAGAGUGAAUGUUUUUUGUGUGUGUGCGUUUACAUUCCUGGAUUAUUUGAUCAGAUGCUGUUUGUUGUAUGAGGCAGUUUUCUGGUAAUGAGAGCAGACUUUCUCUGAGAGUGAAUGAGUGAUUCAGCCCAGAGCCAUACAUUCUAAAUAUAUAUCUGUGAUUCAGCCAAUGGUAGUUGUACAAACAGAACACAGGCUUUGGGAUUCUGCAACCUUCCCUGUUGGCAGGAAUCUUCUUUGCGGCAUACUGUUUUUGGACGUUGUGUUUAGUGUGGGUGUGCGUGUGUGCGUGUGUGUGUAUGUGUGUGUGUCUGAGUAGCCAGGUCAUCAUUUGACCCUGAAAGGCCGGAUCUUUCCUCUAGCGACUGUAGAAGCUUGGCCGGGUGGAACACCAGAACCAGCGGGGCGUUGUAACUUCGGGGAACCCCUCAGUCUAAAUAUAUCUGACAAAGAGAAUAAGGACUUAAAUGGAAGUACAGAAGCCGUUGAUCACACACUCUGUACUACACAGUAAGCUCUACUCUCUUCUCUCAGCUUGGUGUGUGAAAAUGUGUGACUAUUACAAAAUGCCAGUAGUUAUUGCUGACAGAUCAGCGAUAACGGACUAGCCAAGAUGUGGAAGGACUUCAAUUGUUCAUUUUCCAACCACGACAGCCGCAGUACUACUACGAUAAGUACCUUCUGCUGCUUCUACUACUGCUGCCUCUGCUUUGACCACAUUUGCAGCAUUCACAGGCCUUCAAGUUGUGUACUGUUUUGUCUUAAAAGUUUGACAUACAGUGUACACACACACACACACAUUCUAUGCUCACAGAAAUCUGUAAACGGGCAUGCCAUGGCCAGCCACCAUCACUGUUCAAUUACAUGACUGAAUAAAACACCUUCUCACAUUGAGUGUAGUCGUGUGUAUGUUCGGGCGUGACUACAUGCAUUAUCAUGUUUAAUCUUUAAUGGCAGACUGGCUUUAGAAAUGCACAUUUUCUGCAUUUUCAGGUUAGGUUGAUUUAAUUGGUUAGUUGGUUAAGAGUUGUGACUGAGAUGUGUCCAUAGACGCUGCUGUGUAUUCAUAAAUACUGGAGGGGUGAAUGGAGGUACAGGGUAUUUGGUGUGUGUUGAGCUACAUGGUAGUUAGUAUGUGUUAGGUGGUGUAAUGUGUGUAACAGCGGUAUGGUGUGUAGGGUUUCACACACAAACAACAAGCCCUCUUGACUGACUGCAUGCCAACCCCCCCCCCUCUCUCUCUCUCUCGCAUGUUCUCUGCAUGGUCCUACAUCUCUAGGCUUGUGUCUCCAACACCCCGACCAGCCCCACUCUGUGCUGCAUGCUGUGGACUCACUUGUCCUACUGUCCUCACAUGGAACCUGGAUUUUUAUUUUACAUGAACAUAUUCAUAGUUUACAGCCAGGGUGGGCAAUGGAGCUGCGGUAUGCACUGUGCAGGGUUUUGUUCCAGCCCAGCUCUUAACACACCUAAUGCAAGUGAUCUAAUCACAGUCAAUGUUUAGACCAUGAAUAGUGAUGUGAUUAGGAAUCAGUUGUGUUAGUGCUGGGCUGGAACAAAAGCCUGCACUCCCAGCUGUCCCCCUGGGUCCAGAGAUUUGUCAUGGUACCUGUUUACCACUGUAGAUCUCUGCUAUCUAACGUUGUUGUUUCCUCUCCCUGGGCUCCUUGUGCCAGCUGGUAGUGUUGUUAUUAACACUGUUAGCUACCGGCUGGCCCUCCCUACAGGCGACAUGGCUUUUACCUGAGACAGUCUGUCUAAGCAGCAGUCUAAAAGAACACCUGAAAUGCCACCCUAGCUGUUAUAGCUCUUCCUUAUGCGCACAAAACCGGAGGAUAUGCAGAUUCUGUUUACAUGAAAUAUAAUAUGCCACUUAGCAGAUGCUUUUAUCCAAAGCGAUUUGCAGUACAGUGAGAGCAUACAAUUUAGUAUGUGUAUGUGAUCCCUGCGGAAAUUGAACCCGCAACCUUGGCUUUUCUAGCAGCACUUGCCAGGCUGUACGCUCUUUCAGAAGCUCUCUUCCCUUGCCUCGCUUGAAACAAAACUAAUACAGUUUGUGUAUUUCCUAAACACUUGCCUUUCCUUCCAACUUCCUUCCUUCCUUUCCCCGGCUCUCUCCUCUCAUCCUCCUCCCUCCAUCCCUCCCCCGCUCCCCUCUUCCAGCAGCCACGCCCUCCUGAGGAUGCGCCCCCGCGGCCCAAAUCUAACGUUCAGCAAAGGCUGCAAACGCUGCGGAUCGCCACACGCUUUUACUGCGCCAUGAAACACGUAAGAGACGUAAGGAACAAGGCCAGGCAUGCUCAAUCUAUCUACCUAUCAGAUCAAAUCAUAUUAUAGAACCAAGGCCAGGCAUGCUCAAGUUAUCAGAUCAAUCGUAUCUCAUUUUAUUUUCAUAGCUUUUUUCAGAUUCAUGUCAUGACGGAUACAGGACAGGACACCUGCAAUGGACUGGCAUGUAGGAAACAGACAGACGGAACUGGCUUGUUCUGGAACAGUUUUUCAAACUGCUGUUUUUGCCCCUUUUCCUUUAUGGCUAUUGACUCACAACCAAUCACUUUCACUUCCUGUCCCUCUCACAAACACACACACACAGUGUGAUGAUGCUGUACCUCAGAGAGUGUGUGUCUGCUUCUGAAAUAGCACCCUAUUCCCCAUAUAGUGCACUACUUUUGACCAGGGCCCAUCAGUCCCCCUGGCUAAAAGUAGUCCCCUUAAUAGGGAAUAUGGUGCCAUUUCAGAUGCAGCCUGUGUGUAGUUGACCCAGAUUCCCAUUCAGUGUUGACGUGCAGGCAGAGAGAGACACGUGGCUGGUUGGAACAGCUGUUGUCUGAGCAUGCCCAGAGUACAGCACCACUGGGCUGCAGCUGCUCACCACCAGGCCUGGCCUCUCCUCUCCUGUCCUUCCUGACUACUAAUCACAAUCCUGCAGUACUAUCAUCACACCAACCUGUUUCACUGACUGCUUUUGUUUUUAUUUACCUGGAGGUUUGACUGUAUAUUUUUGAUACUUCAGUUGGUGAUCUGGUACAAUUCUCCUGUUCUUUCUCCCCAAGCUGUGACAAAUUCACUAUUGAGCGACAUCACUCACAUCUGAUGUGCCACAAACUUCCUGUAGCGCACUGUGAUGAUGAUGAUCAAAAAACUGCCUUCGGUCACCUGAUUGAAGGCCAUGUGCAAUGACCCUUUUGAUCUCCCUCUUUCUUCUCUUGUUUUCUCCCUCUUUCUCUCUCAUUCUCUCAACCCAUCUUUAUCUGUUUCUUUCUCUCUCUCCAUCUCUCUCUCUCGUGGCUGUUUUCAUCCAACUUCAUCUAUUCUGUUUUUUUAUUUUAUUUUUAUUUUACCUUUAUUUAACUAGGCAAGUCAGUUAAGAACAGAUUCUUAUUUACAAUGACGGCCUACACCGGCCAAACCCGGACGAUGCUGGGCCAAUUGUGCGCCGCCCUAUGGGACUCCCAAUCACGGCCGGUUGUGAUACAGCCUGGAAUCUAACCAGGGGGUCUGUAGUGACGCCUCAAGCACUGAGAUGCAGUGCAGUGCCUUAGACCGCUGCACCACUCGGGAGCCCGGGUGUUUGUUACUGCUACUCUACCAUGUCAGCCCAGUCUACCUCUGAACCACAACCAUUACGUACAGUACCUGAUCUACUGCUUGUAUGGGCUCCGCUAUACUUUCUCUGAGAAUGGAACUGAUAAUUGAGCGAUUAGAGGGGUUGAUCAGGAAGAUGGGUGUUUGGGAAGAGAUUGAGGAUGCAUAGAAUGGGUGGCUGGAUAUCUGGAAUGUAUAUUCUUUUCAGGAUGCUGUCUGUAGCUGGUACUAGUGUCUACCUGCUGUUUGACUCUCCACAUUAUUACAACGUUCACCCAUUUGAGUGUGCAAGGGUGCCUUGGCCAUCGCAGCAUUGUUUGUGGUCUUUGUGUUUGUUGCUAUAUGUGUGUGGGUUUGUGUGGCUGCUUUCCUCGUGCUGCCAUAGAACUGCUUCUGUCAGCUCUCUGAGCAGUGCUGCUGCUGUAACCUAAUUUCCUGCUCACUCCUUCCUCUCUGCCACAGAAUAACGCCCACCCCCCCUCCCCCCGCAGACCACAGGCCACACAUGGUACUGUAGCCAGAUGGCUCAAUGGAAAUUCACAAGCCUCCAUAGAGCUCACACUGUUUGUCUCGAACUGUUGUUAUAUGUGUCACAGACAAACAUGAUUCAGAUCACUUUAUUCAACGAGUCAGUUAGUUAGAGGAUCAUUUUAAAGAGUGUUCAUUCUGACUCCUUUCUAAUAAUGUAAAUAGUUAUAAAGUCCAGGUGUGUCCUCUGCUGUCCUGACUGUUUGUCUGUCUGUGCGGGGCAUCAGGCCAAGGAGCUGCCCACCUACAAGGACAACGACUUCAUCAACGAUGGACAGAAGAUCUACAUCGACGAUGACAACAAGAAAAUGUUCCUGGAGAAACUACGUAAAGACGUGGAGGUGUGUUUGUGGUUCUGUUAUUUCUUCUGGUGUGAGGGAAUGAAUACUUGGGUUGGAUUAAUCCUGGUCUCACUCUAAAAUGUUAUUCUCCCCUUUUACUCUCUCCAUUACUUUAUUCUAUGUCUCCUCCCUCUCUCCCUCUCUCUCUCCCUCCAGUUCCUGGCCCAGUUGAAGCUGAUGGACUACAGUCUGCUGGUGGGGAUCCAUGACGUGGAGCGGGCUGAGCAGGAGGAGGUGGAGAGUGAGGACAACGAGGGGGACGAUGAAGGGGAGAGUGAUGGAGGGAUUGGCACUCCCCCUGACUCCCCCAGUAACACCCUGGACAGCACCAAGCCCCUGUCCCCCGGGGAGUUUGACCCCACCAUAGACGUCUAUGCCAUCAAGAGCAACGACAGUGAGUGGAGAGGGGGAAGGAGGGAGGAGGAGGAAAGGGAUAGGAGGAGUGGUACAGGAGACUAAAAAGUAAAGGGUUCACUUCAAAACAGUGGGUCAGAAAUACCAAAUAGAUGAGCAGUAUGGUUAUACCAAAUAGAUGAGCAGUAUGGUUGUAGCCCUCUGGUAGGCUUCAUUUUAUAUAAUUAAGAAAUAAGGCCAGAGGGGGUGUGGUAUAUGGCCAAUAUACCAUUGCUAAGGGCUGUCACGGAGUGCCUGGAUACAGCCCUUAGCCGUGGUAUAUUGGCCAUAUACAGUGGGGGGGGGGAAAGUAUUUAGUCAUCCACCAAUUGUGCAAGUUCUCCCACUUAAAAAGAUGAGAGAGGCCUGUAAUUUUCAUCAUAGGUACACGUCAACUAUGACAGACAAAUUGAGAAUUUUUUUCUCCAGAAAAUCACAUUGUAGGAUUUUUAAUGAAUUUAUUUGCAAAUUAUGGUGGAAAAUAAGUAUUUGGUCACCUACAAACAAGCAAGAUUUCUGGCUCUCACAGACCUGUAACUUCUUCUUUAAGAGGCUCCUCUGUCCUCCACUCGUUACCUGUAUUAAUGGGACCUGUUUGAACUUGUUAUCAGUAUAAAAGACACCUGUCCACAACCUCAAACAGUCACACUCCAAACUCCACUAUGGCCAAGACCAAAGAGCUGUCAAAGGACACCAGAAACAAAAUUGUAGACCUGCACCAGGCUGGGAAGACUGAAUCUGCAAUAGGUAAGCAGCUUGGUUUGAAGAAAUCAACUGUGGGAGCAAUUAUUAGGAAAUGGAAGACAUACAAGACCACUGAUAAUCUCCCUCGAUCUGGGGCUCCGCGCAAGAUCUCACCCCGUGGGGUCAAAGUGAUCACAAGAACAGUGAGCAAAAAUCCCAGAACCACACGGGGGGACCUAGUGAAUGACCUGCAGAGAGCUGGGACCAAAGUAACAAAGCCUACCAUCAGUAACACACUACGCCGCCAGGGACUCAAAUCCUGCAGUGCCAGACGUGUCCCCCUGCUUAAGCCAGUACAUGUCCAGGCCCGUCUGAAGUUUGCUAGAGUGCAUUUGGAUGAUCCAGAAGAGGAUUGGGAGAAUGUCAUAUGGUCAGAUGAAACCAAAAUAUAACUUUUAGGUAAAAACUCAACUCGUCGUGUUUGGAGGAUAAAGAAUGCGGAGUUGCAUCCAAAGAACACCAUACCUACUGUGAAGCAUGGGGGUGGAAACAUCAUGCUUUGGGGCUGUUUUUCUGCAAAGGGACCAGGACGACUGAUCCGUGUAAAGGAAAGAAUGAAUGGGGCCAUGUAUCGUGAGAUUUUGAGUGAAAACAUCACUGCUCUAGAGGAGAUCUGCAUGGAGGAAUGGGCCAAAAUACCAGCAACAGUGUGUGAAAACCUUGUGAAGACUUACAGAAAACGUUUGACCUGUGUCAUUGCCAACAAAGGGUAUAUAACAAAGUAUUGAGAAACUUUUGUUAUUGACCAAAUACUUAUUUUCCACCAUAAUUUGCAAAUAAAUUCAUUAAAAAUCCUACAAUGUGAUUUUCUGGAUUUUUUUUCCUCAUUUUGUCUGUCAUAGUUGACGUGUACCUAUGAUGAAAAUUACAGGCCUCUCUCAUCUUUUUAAGUGGGAGAACUUGCACAAUUGGUGGCUGACUAAAUACUUUUUCCCCCCACUGUAUCACAAACCCCUGAAGUGCCUUAUUGCUAUUAUAAACUAGUUACCAACAUAAUUAGAGCAGUAAAAAUACAUGUUUUGUCAUAUUGGGGUAUACGGUCUGAUAUAUCACGGCUGUCAGCCAAUCAGCCUUCAGGGCUUGAACCACCCAGUUUAUAAUAUAGGGAUAAUCCUGUGUGUCUGUGUCCAGGUGCUCCUAGGAAGGAGGUGUACUUCAUGGCGGUCAUUGACAUUCUGCAGCAUUACGAUGCCAAGAAGAAGGCUGCUCAUGCUGCCAAGACCGUCAAACACGGGGUAUGUAUGUGUGUGAGGUCGGAUGCCUACGCCUCCGUUGGUGUGAAUGUUGUGUGUUUGGGUUUCUUCCCUUGACUCACUGUCUUCCACCGUGUGUGUGUCUCCCCCUGCAGGCGGGAGCUGAGAUCUCCACGGUGAACCCAGAGCAGUACUCCAAGAGGUUCUACGACUUUAUCACCACCAUUCUCUCAUAGCCCCCAGGGGAAGGGGGGGAGGAGGACUUAGGGAGAGGAGAUAUGGAGGAAAACAAGUGGAGAGAGGAGAGAAGGGAUGGGUGGGGGUAUCACUCUCUUUCUCUCCGUCAGCAGGGGUGUCCCUCUCAGCAGCUAAAACCAUCAUUCGUUUACAUUCAUCUUCUCA